GCUAAAUAUUUAGAUUUAUUUAAUUAUUAAUACAGAUGGUAUAUAUACUUACCUUUGAAAGCAUCCAUUAACAAAGCACCAAACUACCUAAAAAAAAAGAAAGAGGAAUAGCCAAAACUAAAAGGCUAUUACUCUUUGCUUUCUGCUCUCUCUCUCUCCUCUCUCUCUCUUCCAAUAUCCUUUCUUUCAUCGCACAAUAUUAUAUACACUGCACUUGUCUCCUUUUUCUCUGUGUAAUCAAUCUCAUCUUAUAUUAUAUACUACUGCAUGCAUUUUGAUUUGUUGAAGGUGGCUGUUUUUUUUUUUGUUUUUUCUUCAACACACACAUCUUAUUAUUAUUUUAAUUGAUAAUUAUUAUUCGUCACUCCAUUAAUUAAUAAUUGUCAAAAUUGCUGUCUUUUUCAUGACAAUUGAUCGAUCGGACAUCCUGCGAGUCUUCGGGGAAAAAACCCCAGUAUCCUGACUUCUUCUGACAACAUACAAAAACUCAUUCAAGAUUUCCUUUUUUUAUUUGCCCCUUUAAUUUUGUGGAAAAGGGAUCCGUUGAAGCUUUAUCAUCAUCAUCAACUGGAUUUGCAAUUUCUGGAAUUAAUUCAUUCGAUUGCAUUAACUUAUGCGUGCGUUUCGUUUCUUUCUCCGCAAAAUUCGAUCAAUUUUACCUCCGAAUUAGCUGGAGUUAUUUUUUUUUUUUGAGGAAUUGAGGGUUUCAAUUUGACGGUAAUCGGCAAGUUGGGUUUAAGAAUUUAUUGAUGUUGAUUUGGUGAUCGGCUGCUAGUGAAGAGUCUCUAUGUUGUUUGGUAUAACUAUGGUCCCCUCCAUUUAGUUCGCCUGCUAAAUCUGUGGGGCCUUUGAUUUUAACUCUGAUUCCUUUUUCAAGAUCAAAAGGGAAGGAGAAGAGCUUUCCUUUCGAUCCGAUUCAUUGAAUUCGAGAGAGGAGAGAAGGACCAUUCUUUUGGUAAAAAUGUCGCAAACGAAGGCCCGAAAACCGAGUUCCUUUCAGUCAAUUAAAUCGUUGCCUACGGAUUUUAGGUUUAUGGGUGGUGAUCAAGAUGGUGAUGAAAUGAUGUUGUCUGAUACCAUACCGGAAAAUGUUGAAGCUGAAGAAUCGGAUAAUGAUGAAUCACCGUAUUCUAGUUUGGAUAUUUCAGCCAAAGAUGAGAUUUCCUCUAAUGGCGAUAACAAUGGUCAUAAUGAUUUUAAGGAUACUACUAAUACUAAUCCAGUUCGAUCACCUAAAAAAUCUCAUGUUGACUCCAAGUGGGGUGACACCACACCAUACGCGUCCAAGAAGAUAGUUCAGUCAUGGGUUCAACUUCCCGAUGGCAAUUGGGAGCUGGGAACGACUAUUCGGACUUUUGAUAAUGAGUCAUUACUUGUAUUGGACGAGGGAAAAGUUUUGAAAGUGAAAACAGAAACUCUGGUGCCUGCAAAUCCUGAUAUACUUGUUGGUGUAGAUGAUCUUAUGCAACUAAGUUACCUAAACGAACCUUCAGUAUUGUACAAUCUCCAGUAUAGAUAUAAUCAAGAUAUGAUUUACACCAAAGCAGGGCCAGUUCUGGUUGCCAUUAAUCCGUUCAAGAAAGUCCCGUUAUAUGGAAAUGAUUAUAUUGAAGCUUAUAAGCGAAAAUCUGUACAGAAUCCACAUGUAUAUGCCAUUACUGAUACAGCCAUGCGUGAAAUGAUUCGAGAUGAAGUAAAUCAAUCUAUCAUUAUAAGUGGGGAAAGUGGAGCUGGAAAAACCGAGACAGCAAAGAUAGCCAUGCAAUAUUUGGCUGCACUGGGAGGAGGUAGUGGGAUAGAGUACGAGAUACUGAAAACUAAUCCAAUUUUGGAAGCCUUUGGUAAUGCCAAAACAUUAAGAAACGACAACUCGAGUCGAUUUGGAAAGCUGAUUGAGAUUCACUUUAGUGAAACUGGAAAAAUAUCGGGUGCAAAGAUUCAAACUUUUUUACUGGAGAAGUCUAGAGUUGUUCAGUGUUCAGAGGGAGAAAGAUCUUAUCAUGUCUUUUAUCAACUUUGUGCUGGGGCUCCACCCACCCUUAGAGAAAAACUACACUUGAAGAGUGCAGCUGAGUUCAAGUACUUGAGUCAAAGUAAUUGUUAUACAAUAUCCGGGGUUGAUGAUGCCGAACAGUUUCGUGUAGUAACGGAAGCACUUGAUAUUGUUCAUGUGAAGAAAGAAGAUCAAGAGAGAGUAUUUGCAAUGUUAGCUGCUGUCCUAUGGCUUGGAAACGUCUCCUUUACUGUUGUUGAUGGUGAAAAUCACGUUGAACCAGUCUUGGACGAAGGUCUAACUAACGUUGCUACGUUGCUUGGGUGCAAUGUUGAGGAAUUAAAGCUAGCGUUGUCAACUCGAAAAAUGAGAGUGGGAAAAAGAAACGAUACAAUUGUUCAAAAGCUGACACUAGCUCAGGCUGUUGAUACUAGAGAUGCGUUGGCAAAGUCAAUUUAUUCAUGUUUGUUUGAUUGGUUAGUGGAACAAAUAAAUAAAUCAUUGGCAGUAGGCAAAAGGCGAACUGGGAGGUCCAUCAGUAUUCUUGACAUUUACGGUUUUGAAUCAUUUGAGAGGAAUAGUUUUGAGCAGUUCUCCAUCAAUUAUGCUAAUGAAAGAUUACAACAACACUUCAACCGUCACUUGUUCAAAUUGGAGCAAGAGGAGUACAUUCAAGAUGGCAUUGAUUGGGCAAAAGUUGAUUUUGAAGACAACCAAGAUUGUCUUAAUCUCUUUGAGAAGAAACCAUUAGGGUUACAAUCCUUGCUAGACGAGGAAUCAACCUUUCCGAAUGGCACAGAUUUGAGCUUUGCCAAUAAGCUGAAGCAACAUCUCGAUUCUAAUCCUUGUUUUCGUGGAGAAAGAGGCAAAGCUUUUACUGUACGCCAUUAUGCAGGAGAGGUUAGAUAUGAGACAACUGGUUUUCUCGAGAAGAAUCGGGAUUUGCUUCAUGUGGAUACCAUUCAACUUCUUUCUUCAUGUACGUGCCACCUUCCUCAGGCUUUUGCAUCAAGUCUGCUCAAUCAAUCAGACAAGCCUGUAGUUGGUGCACUGCAUAAAUCUGGUGGUGCAGAUUCACAGAAAUUAAGCGUCACGACAAAAUUCAAGGGUCAAUUGUUCCUGUUAAUGCAACGUCUUGAGAAUACAACACCACAUUUCAUUCGUUGUAUUAAGCCCAACAACUUCCAAUCUCCUGGUACCUACAAUCAAGGACUCGUACUUCAGCAGCUCCGUUGUUGUGGAGUUUUAGAAGUUGUUAGAAUAUCAAGAUCCGGUUUUCCUACAAGAAUGUCCCAUCAAAAGUUUGCCAGAAGGUAUGGGUUCCUUCUAUUAGAUCAUGUUGCAUCUCAGGACCCACUCAGCGUUUCAGUGGCUAUUCUUCAUCAGUUUAACAUUCUACCUGAGAUGUAUCAAGUUGGAUACACUAAAUUGUUUUUUCGAACUGGACAGAUUGGAGUACUUGAAGAUACAAGAAAUCACACACUGCAUGGUAUUCUGCGUGUGCAAAGUUGCUUUAGAGGCCAUCAAGCUCGGUGCCACAUAAAGGAGUUAAGGAGAGGGAUUUCCACCCUACAGUCAUUUAUUCGUGCUGAGAAAACUAGGAAAGAGUACGCAAUCUUAUUACAGAGGCACAGAGCUGCUAUAUCUAUCCAGACGCAAGUCAAAGCCAAGAUUUUCAGGAAAAACCUCAAAAGAUUAAGUGAUGCAUCAACAGUAGUACAAUCAGUUAUUCGUGGCUGGUUGGUAAGAAGAUGCUCAGGAGACAUAGCACUGCUACAAUUUGGUGGACGAAUGGGUAAUGAGACAGAAGAAGUGGUUGUCAAGUCAUUAUUCCUGGCAGAACUGCAGCGGCGUGUACUGAGAGCGGAAGCUGCACUGAGAGUGAAAGAAGAGGAGAACGAUAUACUUCACCAAAGGCUGCAACAGUACGACAAUCGUUGGUCUGAAUAUGAGCUAAAAAUGAAGUCGAUGGAAGAGGUCUGGCAAAAGCAAAUGAGAUCUCUACAGUCGAGCCUUUCUAUUGCAAAGAAGAGCCUUUCUUUUGAUGAUAAUUCUCACCGAAACUCAGAUGCCUCAGUAAAUGGUAAUAACGACGAAAGAGAUUCUUCUUCUAGCUGGGACACAGGCGGGAUUUUGAGAAUUCAUCAAAGUAGUAAUGGAGGAAGAUCAGCAGCUAGUCCUGGCUUGACUGUUAUUAGUCGAUUGGCUCAAGAGUUUGAGCAAAGGAGUCAGAUAUUUGGAGACGAUGCAAAGUUCUUGGUUGAAGUUAAAUCGGGUCAAACUGAGGCGAGUUUGGAUCCAGAUCGCGAACUUCGAAGGUUGAAACAAAUGUUUGAAGGUUGGAAAAAAGAUUACGGAUCAAGACUUAGGGAAACUAAACUCAUUCUCAAUAAGCUUGGCAGUGAAAACGGGUCUUCAGCUGGUAAACCCAGAAAUAAAUGGUGGGGAAGGAUGAAUAGCUCAAGAAUGAAUUAACCAUCCAACCAAAUAAAUGUGUGCAUUAUUAUUAAUCAAGAAUAAAUUAAUAAAUACUUUAUUUACCGAUUCUGUUAUCUGUGCAGAGUUUGUAUAACUCGUAAGGGUGUGUGUCUUGCGGCUAAUUUAUUGACCUGGAUGGAUAUUAUUAGAGUCUUGUGUAAAAUGCUUGUGCAGAAGUUUGUUUGGUUAAAAUGCUGUGCAUUUGUGGCAUUCCAAGUAAAACCAUUUUCUCUUGGUCCAAAUUCAGAUGGUUUGUAAAGCUGUAUCAUAUUAUUAUUUAUUGUGAGAUCAUAACUAACUAAAUAUAUAUAUUGUUUUCGUUUGCA